AUGAUCGAUCUUAAAGAUAGUGAAUCUGACAUUUGGGAUGAGAGUGAUGUACAAGGUUUUAGUUUUGAUGAUAUAGAAACAAGGGAUAAUCAAAUUUAUUCCGAUGCUUUGGCUAAAAAUAUCAGUGGAAAUGUCGUCGAAACAACGUUUAUCCCAAGCUUGACAAGCGAAGAUUGCUCUUUCUGUAGCCGAAGGCUUACUGAUUUUGUCAAAUAUGAAGACAAAUCUGCAUUCUGUUCAGAGGAAUGUUGGAUUUCAUGUCUGCGCUCUUCUCUCUCUGAUCUUCGAAGUGGUGGUAUAAGUUCUUGGCCCAUUAAUAUGUUCGUCUCACUUGAUUCCAAACGAUCAUUGCUUAAACUAGCUGCUGAAACGCUUGAUGGAGAUUUCUUACUUAAGGUUAUUUUAAGUGUCAAGUCGAGUUUAAGCAGAACAUUAUUCUUUACAAUUCUCCUCGACAAUGAGCUCUGCUAUAAGCACUACUUGCACUUUUUAACGGAAACCUCAAAAACUGAUGAAGCAAUCGAACUUAUGAAGGCCCAUGGUUCAAUUGAGGAAUCUAAGAUUUUUACCUUUAAAACCCGGAUGGAAGCCUUACAUUCAGUAAGGGCAGAUGAAGCCGAGAAAGCUAUGCUUCAGUUGCAUACGUUCGCAGCAACGGAGUUGAGCUCUAGUCCCGCUCUGGCUUCAAUGCACGAAUCUGUGACGCAGCAGGCCGACCUUUUAAACUUUCAGUUAAAGAUUAGAUCUGAAUGGGCGGCAUUUUUGGACUCGCCAAUUCAAGGACCAGUGAGAUCGAUGCUGAAUGAACUAGACGGCCCGCUUGUUGGUCAAAACUUGGCGAAUACUAUUAUUGUUUGCGUUUUGAUGGAUAGGAAGGCUUCUAAAGGAAGCAGAGCGGAUAUACUCAAAACGGCGCAUAAAAUGUCAGAUGAGCACUAUCGAUGGCUUGUCCUGGAGCCGCUUAUUCAUAUGGGACUGUGGAUGGAAGUUGACUUGCUAAUUCUAGAGAAGAAAUGGUUAUCGAGAAGGCCCACUCCCUCACUCCCAAUUGAUCGUCUUAUUCUCUUCCUACAUUCCAGUAAAGCCCCCAAGGAUGUAAAGCGCCGAUUCAUUGAGUACGUGCCAGAUUCGGAUAGUCUCAUUGACUUAGUUGUGAGACUUAGUCUUUUCGAUCUUGGUUUGGAAGUGCUUCGCUUUAACUGUCCCCUGAUUCGUAAUAUCCAUGUUAUAUUUCAGCAUUUCAUUCGUCGGAAGGACUUGAACGGCUUACGUGCUUUGAUGUCUCGAAUUCCGACCAGUCGGCCUGAAUUCCGAGUUGGACAGACAUAUCUUGGCAAACCUACCAAUCAGUGGGUAGAAUAUACAUCUCAAGACUGA